GUCGUCGUCGUCGUCGUCGUCGUCAUCGUCGUCAUUGUCGCCAUCGUCGUCAUUGUCGUCGUCGUCCUCGAUCGUUUGCUCUCGUUCCACGUCACCGUCGUAACCACCACCGCCACCGUCGCCGUCGCCGUGUUCGUUGUCGUGGUUACGCCUCGUGUAUAUCCGUCCGUCGAACGAGAGUUCCACUAUACCGGUAGUCUACGUGCUCGACCUCCAAAGUACCAACGAUACCGUUGUCCGAGGUGAUAGACGCAUAUACACCGGCCGAGGAUUCCGGAAACGAGGAGAUACUGCCGGGACGUCGUGCAUCGUCGUUGCAACGAUUUCGGAGUGAGACUGUGACGACACCAGCAGCGCUUUCCGUGACGAAGAACGAUAGGGGAAGUAGUACGAUAUAGCUUGACGCGCGCUCACCAGCCAAGUCGCUUUCGACUGCGUGUGUGCACCGACGGGGUGGCAGCAAAAGUGUGCGGGGGUGCGACGAGUGCGCGCGGAAUUUCCGGGGUCGCGGAGAGGACUAGAGGGAGCUAUCGACCACACACGUAAGGCGGCGGCGGCGCUCGGUCGCACACCGGCGCACACAGAUACACAACAUCGCGGACCUGUUGUCCAACUUGUUGCUCGUCCCUGCGAAGGCUCACCCGCCCACCACCUCCACCUCAAAGAAAAGCUUGUUUUCGAAAAAAAAGAACGAGGGUCGGUAGCGCUCACGGAAGAUCCUCAGCGAAUAUCGGAACGGCGCUGCGACGCUUCUUGACCAAAUUGUAUUCCGAACACAGAAACGACGAAUACUGGCAAGGUGGAAUUGAAAAUCGAAGAGGGAGUUUUGACGAUGUCGACUUAUUGACUAUUGCUGACGUAUACGAAUUCAGCGACUUUCAGGAAAGCAAAAGAAAAAAGAGAAGGAAAGAGAGGAGAAUUUGACGUCAAUUAAGCACAAGUUUAUUUGUUGUACAGCUUUGGAAGAAGAAAAGAGAUCGACUUAACAUGAUGUUACUUAAGUUGGAAUUUCUCGAGUCGUAUUUAGCAAAGGAACUGUGAUUCUCUCUCUCUCUCUCUCUCUCUCUCUCUCUCUCUCUCUCUCUCUCAAUCCGUGUCGCGAGAUUUUCCGCUUUCUACGAGGUAGGAGCAAACGUAUUGAGGGAGGCAAACACGUUAGAAAAACUCUUUCAUCCUCAGAGUGGAACGUUCGAUUCUUACUCGACUCAAAGAAACUAAUGGCGUGCGCUGAGUAAUUCAGAGGACCAACUUAUAGAAACUCCACUAUUCACGAAUUUAAACUUAAAGUUGUUACGUUUUAUGGAAUUGUAAAGGAAGUAACUACUAAGCGACGAACUAUUGGCUCGAACUUGCAUUUGAUAGAGUAAGAGGUCCGAGUUCAUUGACCUGAAUGGCUGGAAAUCGCUUUUUUACCAUAUUUCAAUUUCAAUCAGCGAUCGAGAAUUAAGAUUUGUAACGCCAUCGGAGUUGUUUUCACUACGAACUAUAGAGGAAUCCACACGCUACCUCAGUUACCUCGCAAAAGACAUCCGACACUCGUCAACAGAGAAUCUAAUAUUAACGUCAUGAUGAGGAUAUCGCCCCAAUGCAUAUGUCUCGUGACAACGACGUCAUUGGCAACUAACGGAAUGAAACAUUGUCGUUUGCAACAACUGGGCGAGUGAAUACAUCGAUUUCCUCGUUGACCUAACGCGACGGAAUCCAGCUUCGAAGUGGAUUCACGCAUCGGCCUCACCAACAUAUGCAUCGCCGGUGGUAACGGCCAGUUAUUGCAGUGGUGAAGAGUGACAGAGAGACAAAGAGAGGGGAAGACGGACAAGCCGUAUGGCUAGAAUGUAACAGCACGCGUAGACACGCGUAGACGUGCGCAUGUUUCCGCGAAGGACAACGUCUCGCAUUCGACUAUGAGCGUAAGAAUAGCGGAGCCGGAGAUCAUGUAAAUUUUCUUCCACCCGUGAAUACAACGAAAGCAAUACUACAAACAAGGUAAUCGAGGAACAAAGCAAAGGCAAAUCGUGUGUACACUCAUAUUCACACGUGCGCGCGCACACACACAUACACACAAACACACACAUACACUAACACACCAAUACACCAACACACAAACACGCACACAUAUAUUCUUCCCGUCGACUCUAAAUUUUGUAUCUGUAUAAUUGUCCUGAUCGCACUUACAAAAAUUCCCUGCGGAGCCUGUGGUGUACAUUCCACUAUUUAGGCUCGACACAGUAUCAAUCGGCGCGAUAGUCAUUCAACUCACUUCAACCUGAGAAAUAUUUUAAUACGAAUGUAUACAUGCACACUCCUCAUUACACAAUCGCAGCUCUUGUACCCGCUCAUUUAGUCCUAUAUAUAAUUAUAAAAAAAUAUAUAUACGUUUAACAUACACGCGGAACGCUCUCAAGAAAUCGCGUGCAACGACGUUUAGAAUUAAUAGCGGUAUCGCCGGAAUAGAAUCGAACCGAGCGCUUUAUCCUACCUCAAAGAGAAUCGUCCUUGCUUCCGCUCACUGCAGGUGAGAAGAAUAUCGAGCAAAAGGAAUCCUGAUUAGAGUGAUACGUCGCUGACAGACUGAUAUAUGACGAGGAUGUUGCAUCUCAGGCUUUUGCCGAAUUAGAAGUUUUACAAGCGAACCACUGGGGCAUCGAUUGAGUAAUUGAUUGACGUUGUGUUUCUGGUGACGUCCGCGGAAACCAGAAGAAUAAAUCCACUAUCCUGAUUGUAUUAACCGUAAAAGGUACAUACAUUCGUACGAUAGGGACUGGCGUUUCUUGCUACGGGAACGCACUCGUGAUCGAAUCAGACUUCUAAGUUGGUCUCGAGAAAGGUCGAUAUUCAAGACUCAAGAUACUUGCUUCGCCAAACCUCUAUUGGUCGUCAUCGGCCACGUCUGUUUUCUCGAUCGACGGUCGUCGAACGAUCCCCACCAAUACUUCAAUAUUAUUAAUCCCGGCAGGAAGAUAGCAACCAGUAGUCAAGAUGCCGCGGUGUUACAUGGUAAAGAAGGCCUUGUGCAACAAGUACAUAAGCAGCGUUGCCAGAGGAUUCGAGGGCUGGAGUCGUGGAAGGAGCACGCCAUCACCAACAACCACCAUACAGCUUCCCUUCUCGCCCAUAGAGGGGUGCGUCGCACCCCCUGUUGCACAAGAAUGUCUCAACACGCAACCGGAGAACACAGCCACCAUUAUAACUUGUACUGCGCUCAACGAGGAACCCUCGAAAGAACAACAACCGAACGAAGUAGACGUAAGCAAUGCGAUGACGAUGAUAACAGUAACAACAGCAGGCGACGCCACGAUAACACCUGCCACAAUAAAUUAUUCGGCAACUAUCACGCAAAUGGAAACCGUGUGCACUACGUCCGCGACGUCCUUGACGACUCUCUCUCCAACAGUGUCGAUGGUCUCUUCCAAUGAAGAAACGCUGACAAUGAUGACGACGACGACGACGACGACGACAACGACAGUGACGAUGGCGACGGCAACGGCAACGAUGGCUUCCUUACCUCCGUCGAAUGUGCAAACGGCCUCCAAAGAGUCCGAGAAGUUUAUACCGAUCCCGACCAUCGCGACGUUCCACCAACCACCUGGAGAGCUGUCUCCGCUAUCUAGUACGUCGACACCGUAUCAGCCAGAGGAUAAUUUUAGAAUACAGAAUACUUUGGACUCGGAGCGUUCUACGGUUUCGCAGCUGGACUCUAGGAUACAAUUGGUUCCAUCGUCCUGCGUCGUGAUAUCUGAUCAGGCGUCACCAGUGUUCAAAGACCGUUCCGCUGCAGAGACGGAGGCGGCGCAUGAUCUUCUGGAGCUUUCCCGAUCGCUUCCACCGCUGCCGCCGCCGAGUGUUGCCAUCGGUCCUCAGAGUGUGGUUGAGGCACCAGCGAGUGACGUUCAGGAGAUGACGGUCUACCAACCAACUGAGCAGCCGAUUUAUCAGGUGAAUACGAUCGACCUAACUACCUCGACUAUCUACAGUCAUCAACAUCAGCAACAGCAACAGCCCAUUGCGACUGCUACUAGCAUUAUUUAUGACGCCAAUGCUACCAUUGUGCAACCUACGGGCAGCGUCUUCAUACCUUUAUCGCCGGUACAGGAGAUUCUGCUGACGUACAGUACCUCCGCCAUACCGUGCACGUCCAUUGUUACUCAGCAACCGCAGCAUCAGCCAUUACCGCUAUCACCGCAGCAACAAGAGCAGCAGCAGCCAUUACCGCUAUCACCGCAGCAACAAGAGCAGCAGCAGCCAUUACAAUUACAACAGCAGCAAGAGCAGAUUGAAACUGCACCGCCGCUAACGCCACCAAAUUCCGAAUGUAGCAGUGACAUCGAGAACAGUAACCCGAAUUCACAGCCGACGCAGAAGGAUAAGGAAGUGCAGACUAUCACGGAACAGCCGGAGCCAGUAAAGCCAGCCACUUAUACAUAUGACACGUUGCUCGUCUCAGACGGCAGAUCGAAAAACAGAAGCAGGAGGACGCCCGAGCUGCUGAAGCAAGUUGAAGCCCGAGAUGAGGCGGCUGAAAGUUCCAAAAUUAGUCGUUACAUAUGCUGUGAAUGCGGUAAGCAAUACGCGACUUCAUCGAAUCUAUCGCGGCACAAGCAGACGCAUCGCAGCAUCGAUUCGCAAUCUGCCAAAAAGUGCAUCCAUUGCGGUAAGGCGUACGUCAGUAUGCCCGCACUAGCGAUGCACGUGCUAACGCACAAACUGACGCACAGUUGCGGAGUUUGCGGCAAGAUGUUUUCGCGUCCCUGGCUACUUCAGGGUCACCUUCGUAGUCACACCGGCGAGAAACCGUACGGUUGCGCCCAUUGCGGCAAGGCGUUCGCCGACCGCUCGAAUUUGCGAGCGCAUAUGCAGACACACUCGUCCGACAAGAUUUACGAAUGUUCCAAGUGUCACAAGUCAUUCGCGCUCAAGUCCUAUCUAAACAAGCACCUAGAAUCGGCGUGCCAGCGCGAGAACAACGAAGAGAGCAGCAACGACGUCGACAAGUCGUCAUAAUACCGAGACCGGAAUGUCGAUUUGCAAGCGCGACGGUUGAUGACGAUCAGCCGGUCGUGUACAACGUAAACAGAAGACUGCAGCGGUACCAUCAUGCUACCCGGCAGUGUAAAGAAAAAAAAGAAUAAUCUGCUGCACACGGCUAGGUGCACAUUUUUGCGCGUUCAUGGGCUAUGAAAGAGAACAAGAGGAAAGACAAACACAUAUACAAAGGAAGCUGUUGCAUAGCUCUAAUCGCCGUGCAAAUGUGAUUGGUUUCAUUUGUUUCACGCAAAAUUCGAAUCAAUCAAGUCAAUCGUUGCGCUCAAUAAUGGCAGCAAUUUCUCGUAUUCUUUUUGUUCCCGUGAAGAAUAUAAAGUUACAAAAGAAAAAUAACUUAAUUUACAGUAAAAGAAGUUCUACUUUAAACAGCAACUUUGCUGAAAUAUGAAAACAUGUGGAACGAUAAAAAGUACGACGAAAGAAUAGAGAAAGGAAAGGAAGAGUGCUUCCAAUUAGUCGAUAAGAUUCUCUUUUAAAUUGCAAAACUAGUUAAUGAUUUGUUGUCGUUGUCGAGGAGAGAGCUUCGCUCUUUUGUACGUCAUAAAUGACGAUCGGACGUCGAAUCUCCGGUAACGUCCAAUUUCAACGGAUAUCUCUCAGUAAGCGCAAAGUAAUUCGAUUUACUCGGCGGCUUAAAUGCGUCACGACGGAGGCUGGGGUCGGGAACGGGAGAAGAAAAGGAGAAGGGGAAGGAAGGUGGAAUGCAAAAAUCUCGAUCGCAUGCGGGAAUGAGAACGAUGUAAUUGACAUAUCGACGUCUUUGGAUCUCGCGCUCGUCUUUUUCUUUCGCGGCAUUUCUCUGAAUAUUUUAUCGCGACGCUUCUUUCCGUUCGAGCGUUCAUGCUAUUCUUAGAAUAAUUUUUCUGGUCCUUUCUCUCCCAACGCACGCCAAGAGAAUAAAAAAAGGUGAACUUUGUGAAUUACGGAACGUGGACCUGUGACAGACUGUUCUCGCCAUAACGUCUGAGAACGAAAGAAGCGAAUGGACGACUGUGUACGCUGAGGAGUAAAAAGACUGCAAGACUGUAAGAAUGAAAAUGUGAGAUGAAGGGGAAGAGGGAAACUCGCAAGAACAGAAGAGAUGCGAUAUCGAAUGAAAUAUAAAAAUUUUCGAAAGGUGAUCGCGUCUAUGUCAGGGGCAUCAACUGUUCUUACAUAAAAUUGCUCUUAAAAGAUAAAGCAAAUUGGAAGCGCCGCACCUAAUCAGAUGAUUACGCAAACGUUUCUCUCGAUGCGUACUGCAUCGUCAAUCUGUGGUACAGUGUUAAAUUACAAUAUGAAUUAGCAUAUGAUGAUAAUAACUUCGCGCUUUUUUUUGCUGUAUCACUUUAACUCCACUCUAAUGCACGACUUCGUCAACGCCGUUAACUUUAACUCUGAUUUCAACCGAUUCUUCUUUUUCUCUAGUUCUGGAAGGAACUAUAGUAAUUAGAGCAGUCGAAGAACUAAUUAAACUGAAGUUAAAAUUAAUCACAACGUUGAUGAAACCAUGAUUGUCUGUUGUUCGAUCGUUUUCGGGAAACGGCGGUGCACGUCGGUGGAGUCUUACAUAAAACGAAUUUUAAUUUAUAUUCUUAAAAUUGCACUCGGUUUUACCGUGAGGUUUAUCAUGCAGUUUUAUUCAUAUACAUUUCACAAAACUCUCACGACUCCGGAUUCGUUGAAAUCCUUUUACAGCGCACAGGGAAAGAGAAAAAGAGAGAUGAAUACAGAGAGAAAAGAAUGAUAUCUCCUUCAGUUCUGUUCGGCCAGUAAGAUCGUCUGUAUCUAAUUCACUAGUCACUUUAACCAAGUUUAUCGUAAAGAUAUAUUUUGACAUAGAAAAGAUCAAUAUUUCGAUACAGCAUCUCUCCUUGCAGGAUAUCGAUAUUACAAUAGCCACAGACGCUAUCUCGCUUCGUGAAUUCGUAAAAACGACGAGUUGGGAUGCUCACGGAAUGAGCAACGAUAAAAUCGAUCGUGGACGAAAUAGUGCAAUACAUCUUUCAUAUAACUUAAGAGAGCUACUUUUUUCAUCCAUUCUUGCUCGACGGUAACUUUUCACUCGUUAGUCUUCUCCAAAAAUGCAGGAGAACACUGUUUUAGUCACGGACAUAAAUAUCUCUUUCGCUUACCGAAGAGGUUUUGAAACGUAGGUACAAAUAAAAAAUCGGCGAUACGCACAAGUUAUCGCAGGAUGAGAGUUAUUAUUGCGUCUUAUUUUAUAUUAAUUUAAAAGUAUUCCACAAGUAUAACAUAGCUGCAUAGAGGCGAUCUUUUGUGCAUUUAAAAAUGCUGCUGCGCGAUUUUUGCCUGAAAUCCUUAGCGUAACACAUACGGGUACUUGCGAAAAGUUUUCAUCAACAUUUCACGUAAACUGAACCACCUGUUGAAUGUAAAAAUGACCAUUCGGUAGCAAAAGGGUCGGUCGUACGACUCCCUUGAAUUAUGGAACACAUCAUUUCCUCGGUUGUUAAAAGCGCGAACAAGAUCGUAGUCAAUUGCAACGUUUCGCGCCGAAGUUUAUCGAUAUUUCUUGUUUUUCUUUUUAACGGGUUUGCGAAAGUUCGUCAUCUCAGAAAGAGAAUUGCGGAGAAAGAGCAGCAAACCCUGCAGCUGAUAUUAAGUAACAGGUGCUUUACAUUGCACUAAUAUUUAUAAAUUUCCAAGUUGUCAAUUAGGAAUUUUAUUUCUUACACGAAUUUUUAGUACUUAACGUAACUAAAUUACGAGAUUAUUUUUAAUAAGUUUUUUAUUCUAUUUUUACAUGGUUACUAAAGUUCCUAAAGACGAAAUAAAAACAAAAUAUAUGUGAUUGAUUAUUAUAUUAUAUAAUACUUGUUAUAUACAAUAUGUUUGAUAAGAGCGUGUACGGCAAAACUUUUUCCUCGAAACCGUUAGAGGGGGGAUAUGAA